AUGGAGCUUGGAAGACUUUGUCCUGGGAAGGCAGCUGGUCCAGAUGGUGUGUGUCCAUGGCUGCUUAGAGACUGUGCUGCAGAACUGUGUCAACCUCUCCACAAGAUCUUCAACCUGAGUCUACAGCUGGGGCGGGUAACUGCUCUGUGGAAAACCUCCUGCAUUGUGCCAGUACCAAAAACAAAAUGUCCUGCUGAACUCAAUGACUACAGACCAGUGGCCCUCACUUCACAUAUCAUGAAAACCCUGGAGCAGCUGAUUCUACGCCUUCUGAGGUCUGAGGUCAAAGACAAACUGGACUCCCUGCAGUUUACAUACAAAGAACACAUUGGAGUGGAUGAUGCUGUCCUCUACAUGCUUCACCGUGUCCUGUCACAUCUAGAGGAACCUGGGGUUUAUGUGAGGAUCAUGUUCUUUGACUUUUCAAGUGCAUUCAACACCAUCCAACCCACCAUACUCAAAGACAAGCUCACAAAGAUGGGAGUGGAUCCUUCCUGUGUUUCCUGGAUCACAGAUUACCUGACAGGAAGGCCACAGUUUGUCAGGCUGAGGAACUGUGUUUCUGGGACAUUAAUGAGCAGUACAGGGGCUCCACAAGGGACAGUGCUGACUCCAUUCCUGUUCCCUCUGUACAUGUCAGACCUCAAAUACAGCACUGAGUCCUGCCACAUCCAGAAAAACUGA